GUCUUGAAUCCCUUUCUCUCUUGACCACCCACUUUGCUGGCCCACUUGGUAUUCCAAGAGUUGGUUUACGCUGCAGGAUCACGUCAAGCAGGCGGCUUCCAUAACUGACACCAGCUUGACAAGCCUGUUACACCAAGCUCGUUGUAGCGCCUCUUGACGGUGUCUCUUGCCUCGAGCAUAACCCGGAGCUCAUGCUCGCAGAUCUCUGUCAUUCUGGACCCUGUUCAUAACUUACACGCGGUGGUGUGUAGCGUCUCACUGGACAGCCUUGCAGUGAUACAAAGACUCGCGUCCGAAAUUGAUACCGACAGCCUGCAGCACACAACCAACGUGUUCGCAUAUCUAGCAAUCUUGCUCCUGCUGGGCUUCAUAUCCGAUCUUCCGUUCUCUCGUCACUACAGAACUCUUACCUGCACUUCAUAGCCAGUGACGACGACUAUUAGCUUUCAGCUCGUCAAGGGACGCCCACCAAAGCUCUUGCAUUUGCACUAGAUCAGGAUUUGCCAUCAUGGCAAACGCAGAAAUUUCCCCUAGCAUUAAACUGCCUCCUUCGUCCGCUUUCUCUUUUUCAGCGCCAUUUCCUCCCCCACAGUCGUCAUUGAAUAUCCCAAAUCCACAUAGCUCGAAACAACAACGUCGCGUUUCACUUGCUUUGCCUUCGUCUCCGCGACUGUUUCCUGCAUGGAGCUUCCGCGAUGAUACCAGUGUUGGUGUAAAUGUAACUUCGUCAGAGCAGGAGAAGAGGGGGAAGAUGAGGAGGGUGGAAAGCGAGGACGGACAAACCUUGGCUCAGGCUUCAUCGUCAACUCUCACUCAGAUGCAGUCCCAACCAGAGAAGAAGCAGAGGAAGAAGUGGUCGGAGGAGGAGACGCAAAUGCUUGUGAGGGGCUGCAACAAGUGGGGAGUGGGUAACUGGAAAGCUAUCCUCAAUGACCCAGAAUUGACGUUUGACAAUCGCUCUCCGGUAGAUCUCAAGGAUAGAUUCCGCACGUACUUCCCCGACGCAUACCGUCUCCACUAUCCAAACGCCAAGACUCAUCUCUCGUCCAAGAUUCGCUCAGCCCUUCCAGACGGCAGCUCUAUCUUCGAAAAGACCCGGUCCAAGAAGCGACGUCCUUUCACCGAAGAGGAGGACCGUGCGCUGAAAGAAGGUUACGACAAACAUGGAACAGUUUGGGCGACUAUCGUGAAGGAGAACCCUAUUUUCCUCGAGCAAGGCCGACGAUCGACUGACUUGAGGGACCGCUUCCGCAAUGCAUUUCCUGAGCUCUACCUCGCUGCUGGGUACAAGCCAAGAACCAGUGUGGCUAAGAAGAAGAAAUUGGGUGAUUGCGCAACCGAUGCUGCCAGUGUUGUUAGCCCGAGUGAAAGAUCUAGACCGGUGCGAGCAGCAACAGAUGACCAGCUCACCAUGGGAUCGAAGGGUGCAUUGGGUCCCGUACGACGGAAACGGAGGCAUACAGCUCAGGGACUUUUUCGGGGUGGGACAAAGAGCGUACCGGAGAGCACGACUAAUUCUGAAGACGAGGAUAGCGGGUCGGAUGACGACAAGGACAAGUCACCUGUCUCCUCGUUGAACAUGUCCAACUUGACAUCGAACACCAGUGGGUCACUGGCUACCCCGGAAGAUCUUUUCGGUGACACCGCUUCGUCCGAAGUUGACAUGGACGUGCAAGCACUUGACGCACUCGCUGACCCGCUCGGCCAGUCUAUGCAUGAUUUUAUACCAGACUUGACGGACUCAUCACACACAACGUCAUGGACACUCGACACCUCUUCACACUCAUGGACAUCAACAAAUAACGUUGAUGCUAAUGUAGCCAAUUCCCCGUCUCACGAUUACUUCCUCCCUCAUUCACCUCCAGCUAUGAGCAAUGCCAUGAUCGGCAAGUCAGCUUGGGGGCCUCAAGAUUGGCUUUCACCUAAUCCGAAGCUGGAGAAUAGCUCGGGCGUUAGUGGUGCUGCUUCGACGAGUAGUACUUCGUCGUACCUUGGAGGGAAUCCUACAUUCUCGCCGUCACCACUUCCACCCUCAUCUCCCUCACAGUACUCAUCUGCUGCUCAUGCUCCAUUGUCACUCAGCCAUUUGUCUUUAAAUUCUCUUGCUCAUUCUCACCCAUCUCACCUACACAACUUACAUCAUUCACAAUUUCUACAGAACCACUCUCAGGGCAUCUUCGAUCGUUACGAUCUCUUUCCUUCAUCAUCACAACAGGAUCUUGAUUUGGACUUCGACUAUGUCUCCGAAGGUUUCGGCGCGGGUGACACCAGUGAUGCCCAAUCCGCGUUUUCUGAUCCCAGCAUGGGCAUGGGUGGCAUGGGUAUGGGUAUGCGAGGCGGAUUCACUCAUCACUCCAACUACGCUGGAGAUUUGAUUUUCGGAGCGCGAACUCACCAGCCAAGUGGACAUAUGCAUAUGGAUUAUGGGGCAGGGUUCGGUUUUGGUGGAUACAAUUCACAUGGCGGUGCUUCAGGGAGCGGAUUGGGACUGGACGGUGUUCAGGGUCCGUCCAGUCAAAAGAGUGGCCUUCAGCACACACCUGCGCUACCUGGGAUUGACGAGAUUGAGCUCACGAAUAUCACGCUAGAUGAUCGUGAUAUAGAAGUUGAACCUCAAGAUGCGAUGGUCAUGCCUCUAGAAGAGGCGGUCAAUAUACCAAAGGACGAGGAAGAGCUACCGAGUAAGGCUGGCGAUCGACAACAAGGGUCGUACUCGAUGCAAAAUGCUCUUCCUCUAGAAGAUCUCAUAGGCAUGCCUUCAUCAGACGAUGACCAACGAGGUGAUCAGGAUAUGAGUAUACAUGUCACCCCCCCACAUACCCCUCUCUUCAGUGGUAGAACUUCCGGGAGAACGUUAAUGUCUGGACGGAGUGCUACCACUGGUAUGCACACACCCGUCCAUGGGCACAAUCACAAUCGUUCCGUUUCUGUUCCACCGUCAGAACAUCGGUCACCUGUUCCGAAGCCGUCUCUAUCGCAGACGCAGACUCCUAACCCCUCAAGACAGUACAAGCCUUUACCAGUGACGAGGAUGUCAUUCCAACCUUUCCAACUCCCCGCUACUAUCGCCCCCUCUCAGAUUCAGUCACAGCUACCUCAGCAACAAAUGCCGUUUUUACCUCCACCGAUGUCAGCAUACUCUACACAUGCACUAACCCCAGACGUCUACCACGUUCCAUAUUUGGACCUGCAUUACUAUAGUUCAUCUUCGAAUAGCACCGCCGAAGAUCUUGCCGCCGACCCUUUCUAUGCUGCAAAGUUCCAGGGACACGCACAAGCUUUGGAUCUCGCUCAAACCCUUUCGCAGGUCAACGCUAAACCAUCUUGCGUUGCUCUGUCGCAGGUGCAGCUUAUUCCUCCUCCGGGUAUGACCGGGCCUGGUCCAGGAGGCGGACAGAGUAUGUCAGCUCCAGAUGCCACUAUUGGGCGGUCACAGUCACACCUCCGAAGGCAAAGCGCGGCUGCCAUCUCUCCUCAAGAUUUGCUACUGAGGAAAGGGAAUGAUAAUAAGCGAAAGAGGGCAAGUUGGGAUGGUGGUCCUGCUUGAGGGAUGAGCAAUUGGCGAGUCUAGUUUGUAUUGGCGGUGCUCCUGAUAUUUGGAUUCUAUUCGGACUUCGUGUUAUUUCUCUGUCUUUCUCAUUGUCUGCUAUACUCACAUACCAUGAAUCUUCCAAUGCAUGGUCGUUCUGUCUACGUGGAUUCCCUCUCAUCAUCACUAUUCCUCUAUUAGCUCAUGAUCUCUCGUCUUAGGCAUAAUCGUGUACUUACUCCUGCAUAACCACAUCCUGUUGGUUUCCUGCGUCUUUUGGAGUCGGGCUCAUGGCUUUUUUAAGUAUCAUCGAAAAGUAAUCUUGCUGAUGUACUCAUUACAUGCAGAAUAUGCUGCAAACCUUGAGGUCUCAUCCAGUCGAUCGAAGGACAUAUGCUGCAACGAGUGGCCUUUAGCGAAUGUCGCAUUAAUGCAACAUGGUGAAUCCUGACUUAUUUUGACAAACAACGCCCUCUGUCAAUUUUUACAUAUAUGAGAUAUUCCUACACGCACACGUAGGACUCCGUAUAUUUGAUAGCCUGCAAGGCGAGGUUGUAGUGCCUCGUUGAAGACUGAAUCCUCAGAUAAUUUGCCUGAUACAUUAGUAGCGUAAGAGGGGUACUUUGUCGUCAUUUUAAACUUGUCGUAGUCUCAAUGUACUUUUUCUACUUAAGUACUUAUUCAAUGUUUCGAAUUUGC